AUGACUGCCAACACCUUUCUCCUCCCCACUCAGGUGCUGCUGUGGCCCCUUGUGAUGGAUGAGGCCAACUGGACGUCCGUCUCUGAGUUCGUGUUCUCGGGUGUGUCUGACCGCCAGGAACUGCAGCCUCUGAUCUUUGCAGGGCUGUUGGCCACCUAUCUGGUAAAUGUAAUUGGCAACUCCAUGCUGCUGGGGCUGAUGUGGGCCAACCCCCUGCUACGCACCCCCAUGUAUUUCCUCCUCAGCCAGCUGGCCAUAGCAGACAUGUGCAUGGUGUCUGUCAUCGUGCCUCAGGCCUUGGUGCACAUCCUGACCCAGCAUGGGGCCAUCUCCUUCACUGGCUGCAUGGUUCAGCUCUUCAUCUGUGUGGCUAUGGGAAACAUGGGGGGCUACCUGCUGGCUGCAAUGGCCUACGACCGCUACGUAGCCGUCUGCGACCCGCUGCGUUACGCUGCUGUGGUGACAUGGUCUCUGUGUCUCAAGAUGGUGGCUGCUUCGUGGGCUGUGGUGAUUCCACAUGCCCUGUUGCAUACCAUCAUGAUCGCUGAGCUGCACUACUGUGGCAACCGCCUACAGCAUUUCUUCUGUGACCUGCCGCCCCUUCUGCUCCUAUCCUGUACCCGCCCCAUCACCAUCGAGCUAGUGAUCUACACUGAGGGCUUCCUGGUGGUGCUGACCCCUUUUGCCUUCAUCCUGGCCUCCUAUGUCCGCAUCGGGGUGGCCGUGGCCCGCCUGCGCUCUACCCAAGCCCUGCGCAAGGCCCUGUCCACCUGCAGCUCCCACCUGACCGUGGUGUUACUCUCGUAUGGCACCUUGGUCUGGCUCUUCUUCCACCCAGAUUCCAGCAGUAUCCCGGGAUACAAACAGCAAGUGACCUUCUUCUACACCGCCGUGGUGCCCACCCUGAACCCCCUCAUCUACAGCCUGAGGAACAAGGACGUGGCCGCGGCCCUGAGGAGGGCAAAGAAGAAAAUCUUGACUUGGGGCACCUGA